AACACUUCAACACUACAUUUGUGUUUACAUACUUAUUUAUGUGUUUGUGUGAAUCGCCAUUAACGUUGAAUAAUAUACAUUCUGUUGUGUGGAGUUUACAUUAAAAAUUGUAAAAUGAAUUUGUAAAGGGUAGGAUUUGGGUUACAAUUUGUGUUUUCAUUUUAAAAAUGACUUGUGAUGGUGCCAGUAUUCCGUUGUCGAAUCGUCGGUUGUUGUAUUGUUGAGGUUCUGGAGUUGAAUAAUACCGUAUCUAUCUUCUCGACGUCGCAAAAAUAUUUGGCAUUGCCAGUUGUAAAUGGUCAAUUUAUCAAUAAUUUUUGAAGGUAUUCAGAUAGUUUUGUUUAAAUCUGAUUUUAGUUUUGGACGAUUGAAUAUUCUGUUUGUUUACAUGGCGCGAGUGUUCGCAUCCAUUUUGUUGAGAGCGAUUUCGGAGUUUAAACGAGAUAUGAUUUGGAAGAAGACCCUCAUAGUCUUUUUCGAGAUGUACUAAUUUUCAGUUGCGACUUGUAGGCCUACACAGAGAUUAAUCUUGUUUCUGAGCUACGAAUUUGAGAAAUAAGUUCUACCUUGGAUUGAUAUUUGCAACUGAUUAUUUAUACAGUACUUCGUUUCACUACCCUGUGUAAAGACAAAUUUUAGAUAGCAGUGAUCAAAUUGGUUUGGACCAUGGACAAUCCAAAGGAAAUGGCCGAUCCUAAACCUACUAUUAAAAUCGAGAAAAAAGACGAUGAGGAGAGCACAGCUGACUGCAACGCAGCAUCGAAUGUGAGUGAAAACCCUGCUAUUAAAAUCGAGAGAGACGACGAUGAGGAGAGCACAGCUGACUGCAACACAGCAUCGAAUGUGAGUGAAACCCCUGCUAUUAAAAUCGAGAGAGACGACGAUGAGGAGAGCACAGCUGACUGCAACGCAGCAUCGAAUAUUGAUGUUGCGCAGUCAGAUGUUAAGAUAGAAGAAAGCUCGUUAAAAGUAAAGAAAGAAAGUCCCACUCAGGAAUCGUCACAUAUUGACUAUAGUCAAGCGUCAUCUAGCCAAAUGGUGACUCAUACAGACAAGAAGGAAACUCACGUUGCUAGAAAGCAUGCGUUGUCAGAUGAACCAAGAACAAGCACGGAUUCAGGAGAUAAUACUGCUCCACCUAAACCCAAGAGGCAGAAAAUGGCUGAACCGAUAGAUCCUUAUGAAAACGACAUGGAAAUCAUCUUGGAACCUUGUUCAAACGUAAUGCAUAUUGAUAAUAAGGAUUUUCCAAAUCUGAUUUAUACCGAACUUCCCGACUGCAGCAGAGGCAGUACAAGCAGCAGAGCAACUGGAAGACACAUUAGUUGGUGUCUAGCAACUGGCAACUCCGUCUCAGGCAAUGAUGCCAAUGGAGAAGGUCAUGACGGCCAAAAUGGAAAUGCCCAGAAUCCCCAUGAACAUGGUGGACAAGGAGACCAACCGGGAGAUGAUAACCAACACGAAGAUGACAGCGAGGACGAGGACGAUGAAGAAGAGGAGGAGGAUGAUGACGACGACGAUGAUGAUGAUGAUGAUGAUGAUGACGACGACGACGAUGAUGAUGAUGACGACGACGAUGACGACGAUGAAGAGGAUGAUUCGGAGGAUGAUGAUACAGACACGGAGAGCGAAGGAGCAGGUGAUCAGAAUCCGCCUGUGCAAAGCGUUGAACAAGUGGCAGCUGAUGAGGCUAGUUAUGUUGAAGUAGGCGCUGGAGACGGGGCUAAGAACGUCCCAGAAGAGAGUACCGUAGCAAAAGGUGAAGGCGGUCAUAUCGGUGACACUAAACUUCCCAAAAAGGAUGAUGAUGUGGGCCAAGACGCUGAUGAACCGAAUGACGAUCUAGAUCCAGAUAUAUUUCAGCAACAAGCACAGCCAGUAGAAGUGGAAGCUGUUGUUCACGCAGAAAAGCAGAAUAAUGCUAAUCAAGAUGGAAAUAACGGAGAUGUAGGUCUAAAUAAUGAAAAUCAAGGUCAAAAUAACGAAGGUCAAAAUAACGAGGGUCAAAAUAACGAGGGUCAAAAUAACGAAGAUCAAAAUAACGAAGGUCAAAAUAACGAAGGCCAAAACGAACAAAAUAAUGAUGAACCGGAAAUCAUUGCUGAGUUUAUAGAUAUGGGUGUUGCGGGGGAUGCUGGCAUCAAUCAACUUAUGGGGGAUGAUCAGGAAGACCCUGAAGAAGAGCAGGAUGAGGAGGACUCUACUGAUGAGGAGAUGGGCGAAUUCCAUAUGGUAGAUGAAGCUGGAGACGCACCCGCCGACUUGGCUAUUGACGCACCAGAAGCAGAAAAAGAAUCUGAAGAUGAUGUAAUGGGCCCAGACCCAGAUCAAGAGUUUCCCUUAAUGGACCCAGAGCCUCCCGUAAUGGUCCCACACCCUGAGAUUCCCUUAAUGGACCCAUACCCACAACCUCCCUUAAUGGGCCUCCCUCAUGAAGCAGAGGACAAUGACAGCUUCGAUUGGAAUGAUUCGAGUGACGAUGAGGACGAAGAAGAGGAGGAGGAGGAGGAUGAACCUCAUCAGGUGGGGGAACAUGGAGAGCCAGGUGAUGGGCCCCCACCAUCAAAUAUGGGAGGAGACCCAGAGGCUGACGGAGGUGCCAAUGCUCCGGAACAGGGAGGAGGAGCCAACCCACCGGCCCAGGAUCCACCAGUCGACCCAGCGUCAGUUGGCGGGGGAAUUGGGGCAGGAGAUGCCCCGCUUGCUGACGAUGCCCAUCAGCUUGAUUCGACAUUGAACGAAUCGAAUUCUUCUCAUUUGGACCAUGUCAAGAAUGCUGCCAUUAACCACGAAUCGGCUACGAAACAGAAUAAUACUAAUAGAAAGGACAUAAACUGCGUCAGUGAAGAUAAAAAUUUAGAUCAAGUUUCGCCUCUCGAUUCCGAAAUGCUCAACCCCGAAUUGAAAAUUAACAACCCUGCAAACAAACAGUCUGAUGAAAGUAUCACAGAACAAUCUAGUCAAGAUGCAGAACUUACAAAACUGCUACCAACAUACGGAAUAAACGAUGAAAAUCACUCGAGACCAGAUUCUCCUAAUACAGUGAAGAGUAACCCUGAUGCUUUUUUAGAAUCUUCCGAUUGCAGUCAAAAGCUUUGCGAGGAAGUCUUGGUGAAAAAACUGAAUUGUGACGCAGUGAUACUAUCGUGUAACAUCACUAUUGACUCCAAUGAAGUAAGCUCGGACUGCAGUAUCAAAAUAUCCGAUUCUGUAGUAGAUGUGAAAAUAACUCAUUCAGUUGAUAACUUGGCGAAGGAUGAGCGAAUAAUAGAUGAGAAAGUAUCCAUAUCUGAAGUAAUUAUGGAAUCUGAUACAGAUACUAUCUCCACUACCGUUGAGUCAAUUCAACCAGAAGCUCAGUGUGCCGAAAAAUCCCAGAGUGAUGAAAAUUCUGUCUCUAAUGUAAAUAGGGAAGAGGUAGAAACCCUGCUUCCCCAAGAUUCUGUAAAAAAUGAGAACGCAUCAAUUACUCGUGAAGCAGUGAAAGAAGAAACCUCCACAUUGUCCAAUGUGCUAUUGGAACCCCAAGUAGUAAAAUUAGAAGAACCUUAUACAUCUACAUCAUCUGAUGUUCAAUGUAAAGUUGAGACUCAGACCAUAAAAGAUUUUGGAGUAGGUAAACAAUUGCCGCCCAACGAUGAACCUAUAAAUAUUGAAAAUAAGAUUGUUGAAAAUAUCUUAUCAGAUGAGAAUACAUCAACUCCUGAGUCUAAAAAUGAAUCAGAAUCCGUUGAAAAUCCUGUGAUAAAUGUAAAGAAGCCCUACUUAGAUGAACCUAAUGAUUGUGAUGUACUCAAAGUAGAAGAAAAUAAUUCUAACUUUGAAUCUGAAACUGAAACGCCUUCUAUCAAAGGCAUCACAGUUGAAGAAUCAAUAACUGGUGAAAUAUGCUCGGUUGAUGAAGAUACCACGGUGGUGUCAGAAGAACAAAUAACCGAUAAAAAAGCCAGCGAAGAUGAUAAAAAAAUUACUGAAGAGGUCACCUCUUCUGACAAGACUUCUAUAAGAGACUUGGAAACCGUUUCCAAUAAUAAAAGUGCAGAUGAUGUUCCACUUGAAAAAAGUACAAAUGAAGUUGAAGAGUCCACCUCUUCCGACAACAAGACUUCUACAGGAGGUUUGGAAACCGCUUCUAAUGAUAAAAGUGCAGAUGAAGUAGCACAUGAAGAUUCAACCACUUCCGACAGUAAAACUGCGAAAGAUUUUGAAAUUAAUUCCAAUCAGUUGGCCACUAUCAACGAUUCAACUGUAGAACCAACCGAUUCAAAUGUAAUUACCGAGGAUAACUUGAAAAACAAUCUGCAAUCCUCUUGCUCAACAAAUGCAGAUGUCAAAAACACUAGUGGACCAGAUCAGGAAGUCACAUGUGAUCAAUCACCGCAGAACGUUGAAGCCGACAAAUUCAACAAGCACGAGACUAAUCCACAGAAAUCUACUGAUGGGUUAAAUCACACUGAACAGAUGAUGUCUGACGUCUUGAAUACAGAAAACCCCUCAUCUUCUGGAAACGUCGAUGUCAAAAAAUGUGACGAGACUGCAGAAGUUUCGAAAGACUUGACAAAAACUACUGACCAGAAAGGCGACGAAAGCGCUGCGUUGAAGGCUGACGAUAAUGGAGAGGAUCUCCGCCAGCCGAUAGUAAACCUGGAGAAACUGCAGUCUCCCCUGGCAGAGCGGAGCUCGGUGUCACUUGCCACUUGCGAGCUGUGUGGCGGCGCAUGCCCAACGCAGCAAUGCUUGCGUCUGCGCCGUAAUAGCGUGACUGGCAGAGUGACAAGGCGCGGCAGAGGCCGUCCUCGCAGUAACGAGAAUGUGUCAACCGAGAAUGCCUCGUACACGUGUCUCCUUUGUCGUAAAGUAAUGCAGGACAGAGAGAGCGGCCGUAAACACGUACAGACUUCCCAUGCUCUCAAGGAGCACAAGACCCAUGACAAAUGCGCAAGCGAUGAGAUUACUGAAGAAGACGCGAACAAGGAUGCGGGAGAAUGGAAAUUGCCGAAGCGCACAUCGAAGUCAUUGGACUUGCUGGGAACUCUAUUCGCCAGCGACAAUGAUGACGACUCGCCGUCCGACGAUGAGGACUCUGACUUCACAUGCGACGACCACGAGAUCGAAGAGGCCGAGAAAGACGAGGAUCUCGACUUGAAGAAGAGCGAAUCUCGCCGCAAAUCGCUGCGCAACUUUCGCACCGCACGUACAGCUUGAAGUGUCGUCGAGAAUUUAUCAAAAGAAAAAUGCCUCAUUUUGUCACCAAGAGUAUCGAACAAAAAAUGAGGCUCAAACGAAAGACCCACUUUUGAAGACCCAAGUCUAAAUUGGAAGAAAUUAAUAGCCUGGAUUUCAGAUAAGUAUUUUAUGUGCAUUUGAAAAGGCUAUUAUAUAGCCUUUAUUGAACUUUGAGAAAAAUGAUAAUGCCCUUAAAGCUACAAGCAAGGCUCCCGCCCUUUCCAUGAACUGUUUCUCAAAAUUUAUUCGAUUGUCAUUUUUCCUAUGAAGCAGAGAUGUUCUAUUUCAGUUAGUUUGUUUGUUGAUAAUAUAUUCAACACAGUUAUUAUUCAGUCACUGUUAGUUUCGAACUAUCUAUUAUCAUUAAUAAUGUGAAAAAGUAUCCAAUUUCAAUUCGGUUGAUUCUUGUACUAAUGAUUUCCAAUAAUUUAUUAAUACGAUUAUUGUCUCUAAAAUAAUGAUGAAAUUUUGAAUGGUUCAUAUUAGGUUAAUGAUUCAAGAUCAACAAACUUAUUCGCUUACUGAAUUAGUCAACACUUUCUCCUAAAUGAAUCUUUAAAAAUUGAGCCAUUCUCUUGGGGACACUAUUAUGUCAUUGUUAUUAUUAGAGUUUAUUCAUUUCCAUUACUUCCAUAGAUUAAGCAAUAAAAAUAUUAUGUUUAUAUAUUGAUACGUUUUCGAUAAUUAUAUCGAUAGAUGACUGAUCUCUUUUGUAUCUUGUAAGAUAAUUACAAUGUUGUGUAUAAAACACUUGAAUUUCUUUAGUCUGGAUAGGAAAGUUGGUCCUUAUUAUUAUUACUUCAAUUAUUAAGUAGAUAAAAAUCAUGAGUAAAUCAUAUUGAUAGUACAAUAUUAAAGGUUCGUGAUAAAAGGAUUUAAUGAAAUACUUCAAAUUGCGGUUCUGAGUAAAUAUUGUGCACCCCGAAUUUAACUAUUCAGGUCUCUUUAAGCUCUUUAAGUGUAGCAAAAAUCUGUUUUACAAAUGCUCAAAAUCCUUCAACAAAGUUCAUUUAAAAGUUAACUGUCCGCUUUAAAACUUCUAUUAAUAAUUGAAUUGUAUAGAAAUCCAAGCUCUCACAUUAUAAAAGUAAUGAUAAAAUUAAUCAGUUGAAUGUUGUUAAAACAUAGCUGUCAUAUCAAAAUAGAUAUUAGUAUGUUCAUUCUAGGGAAUCGCCAGUUUAUCUAUGUAUAUGAACCAUUUUUGAAGCUGUUUAUUGUUUAUUAAUAGUAGCCUAUAAUUUAUAAUUUCGAUUUCUAAGUUGGAAUUACAGGAUUAAACGUAGAAAAGAUUCAUCGGAUUUUAGAAAAUCAUUACCCAAGUCGGAGCGACUGUUGCCCAACUGACUUACCUGGUUGCCUGGCUGCCUAGUCUCCCUAGGCUCCCUAGGCUCCCUAGUAAUAGGGACCCAAGGCAUUUAUUGUAAAAUAACUAAUUCUCAACUCCGAUGAAUCUUUUAUAGUCACUCUGUAUAAUAUUUCUAAAAUUUUGAUGAAAAAUUUAGUUUUGUAUUAGUAAAACGUGUAACAUUCAUCUGUAUGAUAAAGUGAUGUGCUACUAUAGUAUUAUUGUAAUUUGGACUAAUUAAGUGUAUAUUACCUACGAAUUGUGUACUCUAUUAAUUUUCUAGUUUCAUUAGCACGUAGAUAUCGAAAAAUGAAGUGAUUACUCUCAUUUAAGAUGACAUAAUUAAUAUGGCAUUAUAAUGUUAAAUUUUCUCAGAAGUAUAGUUAUAAUAUUAAUUUGAAUAAUAAUAAUAAUAAUAAUAAUAAUAUUAUGAGUAAUAUUAUUAUUUGUAAGAAUAGAUUUUUGAUCAAAAUAUAGUUGGAGGUGUGUUGUGUUCACGCAGUAUUAUUAAUAAUAGAAUAUUAAUAGCUAUACAGUAUAUUUCAUAUUUUUCGUAAAUAUUACUUUUCAUUAACUCACAUUUGACUUUCACAAUAGAUUAUUGUUUCCUAUUCGAUCUACUAAAAGGGUCAGCUUCCUUGAAUAAUUUUUAAGAAAACAUGUUCAGUUUAGUUAAGUACAAUUUUGAUUAUCUUCUCAGUAUUAAUUUUUUAGUUUCGAUAUGGCCAUAAAUUUUCGUUCUCUUAUCUUUCAAUUGGAAAGUAACCAAUUGUUACAUCAGAAAGGUUAUCUGAUUUUCCUUUAUGUUUUGAUUAACAACUCAUGUUUAUUAUUUUGAUGAAAUAAUAGUAUUAAGAGACACUUAGAUUUCAUAUAUGUGAUUGAAGAUUCUGGUUGAAUCAAUUCAAAUUGAAACGAGCUUGAAUUAUCUAAUAAAUUAUACUCAUGUUACUGGUUGCUGUAAUUUAAUUUGCUAUAUUCGUGUUAAUUAUCUUAAAUCCCCCCAUAAAAUGACUAAGCUUCAAAGUACCACUACUCAUGUUCACUGGUUACUGUAAUUCAAUUUUUUGUAUUUGUGUUAAUUAUCUUAAAUUCCCAUAAAAUGAUUCAGCUUCAAAGUACCACUAAACUCAUGUUUACUGGUUACUGUAAAUUCAAUUUGUUGUAUUUGUGUUAAUUAUCUUAAAUCCCCAUAAAAUAACUCAGCUUCAAAGUACCACUAAAUUCUUCAAAGUAUCACUUCAUUCAUUUAAAACAGUAUAUUAGCAUAGCACAAUUUCAUUUACACCCAAGCCUUGAUAAAAAAAAAAAUAUUCAUGUACAUUCAAAAUCCUUCAUACUAAGAUUUCACGUGAUCAAUCUAUUGUAAAUAGAUCUUAAAAUUCUAUCACUUUAUUGUAAUGUACCGUAGUUCUAAAUUUUUUUCUGACUGAUAAGAUUGUUUACAGCUAGUGCAAUAUUAUACACGAAUAUUUGUCAUUAUAAAUAAUUGAAGCAUCUAGUGUCGUAAUGGUAUUUUAUAGCCAUGUCCAUAUAUGUAAAUCGAAAUCAAAUAUAACGAGUUGUGUAACAUAAAUAA